AUGCCACAGCUCUUGGUGGAGGCUUGGAGCUCUGAAGGCUUUUUGGGAGAGCAGUGGAUCUCACCCGAAUCGGUGUCUCCGCUGCAAAUGUCUCCCAUGGCCUUGUUCUCAAGGCCGGACGAGGGCAAGCCGGACGUUUCGACUCUGGACACCUUGCCGAACCUUGAGCUCUAUUUUCAUGCGGAUGCAGGCCCAGAAGGCUUCUUGAUCUUCGGCAUGCAGCUCUUUUGCAUGGAGCCGACCGCCUUAUCCCAGACUCCCGACGACGUCAAGCUUUCAGUAUGGCGUUGGGGUUGUGCGGGUGAAGGCGCGCCGAGCGCGCGCUCGGCUUCGGAGGUGCCAGGAACGGAGGCAGAGCAGGCAGAGCAGGCAAAGCAGGCAGAAUGCUGGUUAGAAGCCAUCAAUGUGGGAGAUGCCCUGAAGCAUCCCCAAGGUGAUCUCUGGCUUCAGGUCCCAGAGUCUGAGGCUGGCAUCCCGGAGAUGGUUCUUGGCAGGAAUCACACCUACCUGAAGCACCUGCUUUCGAAGGACACCUUGAUCUGCGUCUCGCGCGAGCACUUGAGGCUAAGAUUCGAUCCGCUUUCUGCGUGCCUCAGCCUUGACAACCUCAGCAGCAAUCCAGUUCUCGUGGGUGGGACAAUGAUCCCUCCAGGAAGGAGAGGUACCAACCUCAGAAAUGGUGAUGUCGUCAGGUUGGUCGCCCCCUCUUCGCUUCUGCCAGGCCACCAGGGGCCUAAACAGCCACCAUCUGUCUCUGAAAUGCCACUGUCGGAGGAUGUGGAUAACGUGGGUAUGAAUGUUCCAGAGAUGGAUGGGUUUGAGGAAGACGUGACAGGCUUGCGCUCGGAGCUUGCGUACCUCCUCUCUCUGCGGGUUCAUCUCCAUGCAGAAGAGCUCCGUUGUCACGCUGAUGAUUGCCGGGGCGGGGGUGGGGACCCACUCUACAACGUCUCGGACGUUUCGGCACCUCCGACACAGUCACGAAGAGUCCUUUGCUGGACCUGCUGUCAAGAGCUGCGCAAGAACGCGUCGCUCAGGUUUGCGGUCAUCCCUGGAAGAGUGCUGCAUGCUUCCUGGGACCUGUUGUGCCAGACCGAUGCUCUCGCAACGCAGAGACAAGAUAAUCUACCCAUGGCACAAGCAACUCCCGGUUGUGGAGUGUCUUGGGGUGUGGACUUUGAAUCUGCGGAGCUGCGGCUACCAAUCCUUACAUCCUUCUCAAGGAGGGCGCUGGAGGCACAGACACCAGAUGGCUGCAGAGUGGAUGGCCCCAACAUCGAAUCCCUGCAAGCAGAGCUGAUCGCAGCAGAAGACGAGGCAGAGAAGAGCCUUGGUGAGGUCGUAGACUUGGCGGCGCAGGCAGGCAUAAACCCUGGUGAGACUUGCUUCGUUCAUGCCCCGCUGACAGAGCCAGUGUCUGAUCCACGGGAUAUUUGGGCUUUGCAAGCUCAUGCGGCCACGCUGAAGGCGGAAAUCGGGCGUUUGCAACGCUUGCAUGCAGAAUCUCAGAUGGAAGUGACACCAAAGGAUGCGAAACCAGCACCUUGCAAUGCACUCACGCUUGACACCGACCACUCCGACCAUUCCGACCAUUCCCACCAUUCCGACCAUUCCGACCAUGCCGCUGACGUCGACUCGAGCGAGGACUGUGCAGAAGUUAUCAGCGGCACGAAGAACGACCAGUCUGCCGACGACAAGGUGGAUGAGGAUGCAGCACCCGCUCCGAAGCCGUCCAGGCGGAUCCUUCACGAUGCCGAACCUCUUCGAGCAUCAGGCCUGGACCCUGAAGCUGCGGCGAACCACCAACGCCUGAUGCAGCUUCUACGUGGCGGCUCGGGUAUGCUGUACAAGCACGAGCUCCUGCAGAUCAGUUCUGAGCUGCAGAGACCGGACUUUGGCGACAAGACCUUGACUGCCGGUCUCACUGCCAUCGUGAAGCUGCAGCUUGUGCCUGCACCUGGAUUGGAGUUAUCGAGGCUCCACCUUGAGCUUCAUGCCGAUGCCGCUGCGCUCCAUUGCGAGUGCGAUGGCCAGCCUGUUCACGACGACGUGCUGCCCGCAUCCUUUGAUCGGGGUGGCUCGUCGUUCAUUCUGGAGUUUGAGCUCAUGGAGGUCCUGUGUCAACCACCCUCGCUGAACUUGCAGGCAGAACUGACCGCGGCUACCGUGGCUACAGAUGAGAUGGCAUCGGACAGUGUCCAGUCAUGUCAUUUGCAUGUUCGGCUGCCAGUGCUCAUUACAACAUUUCUGGAGCCAUGGCACUGCAGUUUUGAUGAGGAGUGGGUCGCGCCCGACCUGCAGGCAGCUUCCGAGCAAAAGGUGCCCAGUUCCGUGGUGAUGGCGGAUGCAGAGGUCGUUGAGUCACUCUCGUUUGGCGGUGCUUUGCACUGCUCCUCACGAGCGGAGACAAGGGCACGUUUUGCGGCGCGGCUGCGGGAACACGGAUGCACGCAUGAGAUGCAGGUAGUUCUUGUGCAGUUGUCGAGCUUGGAUGAUGGCAAGCUAGCCCUGGCCGCAAAGAGCCAGGACCUGCGGCUCGCCGAAGCAGUGCUGGCUGCGGUCAUGUGUCUGUCCUCGCGCCUGCUUUGGACAAGCUUGACAGCUGACUGGCAGACUUAUGCGGACUUCUUGCACGACUUGUGCUUUUGGAACAAGGAAAUUGACUCCCAGUUCUCGGGCAACGGUCAGUUCUCCAAGUCCUCGGUCAGCAGCGGCCGGAUCUCGGGCCGCAUGCCCGCAAAGCAGAAGACGAACAGGUGGUGUUCAGGUGCCUCUUGGAUCCAACAUGAAGAUGGUGAGAUGCUCGGGUUGCUAACGGGUUCCUCGGGCCGAGUCAGUGAUGAUGUUGACAAGCUGGAUGAUGCAGAUGACAGGGACGGAGACUCGUCUUGGAGAGGACGCAUCCGUGAGCUGCCCUGA